CCCAGUUUCCUCCCAUAAUCAUCCAUCCAAAAGCAUCACUCUAAAAUGCGGCAAAAAAGAUCCAAAACGUAUAGAAAGCUCAUGGCGUUGUAUUCCAUGACCUUUGGUUUUCGUCAGCCCUAUCAAGUUCUCAUCGACUCUGAAAUGUGCAAGCUGGCUGCGGAUACCAACAUUGAAUUGGUGAAGCAAAUAGGUGCUGUUUUACAUGGAGAAAUAAAACCCACCGUUUUAGUGAUAACUCAGUGUUGCAUACAUGAACUCUACCUUCAGGGAAAGUCUCGCCAAAAUGCUGUCGAUCUUGCCAAAUGUUUUGAAAGACGAAGAUGCAACCACAGGGAACCAAUACCGGGCGAUGAUUGUCUUAAAAGCGUCGUUGGGGAUACGAACAAACAUCGCUAUGUUAUAGCAUCCCAGUCGCAGCCGCUUCGUUCGAAGUUGCGAAGCAUUCCGGCUGUGCCUCUCGUUCAUAUCAACCGUUCUGUAAUGGUCCUUGAACCGCCUAGUGAUACAACUCUUGCGUCUAAACAAAAGAGCGAGGAAGAAUCUUUGCAUCCAACGGCUCCUGACAUCGCAUUAGUUGGUCCAUCAUCAGAUCCACCCCGGAAGAAGCGGAAGGGACCAAAAGGACCCAACCCUUUGAGCGUAAAGAAGAAAAAAGUCGAUAAUACUCUAACCAAGAGACAGAAUACUAGUAAAGGAGCGCACAGCGAUUCUCCAGAGAAAAAGAGGAAACGGGAUGAAGACGAGGAUGAGGAUGUAAAUUCAGAACUGGAGAGUGUUGUACGUUCGGGCAGGAAGAGGAAGCGGAGAAGAAAGGUCACAGAAUUGCAUGUAGACAAGGACUGACACCUUUUUGUCUUGCAUGGUAGCGUUAUUUUAAUUCAUAUUCAAUGGCAAGGAUCACAGCGGGCUGUUUAUCCGCGUCUGAUUAUUAUUAAUGCUCACAACGACGUCAGAAUGUCGUG